GGUCUAGGAUGGGUUCCCAUUGGGUCAACAGAAGGUGUUCAGAAAGAGAGAGGGCAGCAGAGUUAGGUUUGGGGUCUAGGAUGGGUUCCCAUUGGGUCAACAGAAGGUGUUCAGAAAGAGAGAGGGCAGCAGAGUUAGGUUUGGGGUCUAGGAUGGGUUCCCAUUGGGUGAAGAGAAGGUGUUCAGAAAGAGAGAGGUCAGCAGAGUUAGGUUUGGGGUCUAGGAUGGGUUCCCAUUGGGUGAAGAGAAGGUGUUCAGAAAGAGAGAGGGCAGCAGAGUUAGGUUUGGGGUCUAGGAUGGGUUCCCAUUGGGUGAAGAGAAGGUGUUCAGAAAGAGAGAGGGCAGCAGAGUUAGGUUUGGGGUCUAGGAUGGGUUCCCAUUGGUUGAAGAGAAGGUGUUCAGAAAGAGAGAGGGCAGCAGAGUUAGGUUUGGGGUCUAGGAUGGGUUCCCAUUGGGUCAACAGAAGGUGUUCAGAAAGAGAGAGGUCAGCAGAGUUAGGUUUGGGGUCUAGGAUGGGUUCCCAUUGGGUGAAGAGAAGGUGUUCAGAAAGAGAGAGGGCAGCAGAGUUAGGUUUGGGGUCUAGGAUGGGUUCCCAUUGGGUGAAGAGAAGGUGUUCAGAAAGAGAGAGGGCAGCAGAGUUAGGUUUGGGGUCUAGGAUGGGUUCCCAUUGGGUGAAGAGAAGGUGUUCAGAAAGAGAGAGGGCAGCAGAGUUAGGUUUGGGGUCGAGGGUGGGUUCCCAUUGGGUGAAGAGAAGGUGUUCAGAAAGAGAGAGGGCAGCAGAGUUAGGUUUGGGGUCUAGGAUGGGUUCCCAUUGGGUGAAGAGAAGGUGUUCAGAAAGAGAGAGGGCAGCAGAGUUAGGUUUGGGGUCUAGGAUGGGUUCCCAUUGGGUGAAGAGAAGGUGUUCAGAAAGAGAGAGGGCAGCAGAAGGUUAG